ACAUUCGACGCUCCGUCUCCUUUCCGUUCCACGGCACAGUAAUCCCAACCGGACAGGACAACGAGAUGGACAUGGAACCCGCCGCGGCCGCCGGAGAGUUCCGUGAUCCGCCGCCGCCGCCACCCCCGGAGGGUCUCUCUACUGUGGAGCCUUUACCCUCUUCCUCCGCCACAGCCGGUGUUGCCCCGGGAACGCAGGCGCCGGCGCCGGCGCCUCCCGGGGCGCGGGAGGUCGCGGCGGCGAUGGAGGCGGUGGAGCGGGACGCGGCUGCCAUCGCCGAGAGCUACGCCUCCCUCUUCGCCUCCCUCCGCGUCGCCCUCUCAAACGUCACCUCGACGUCCGCGGAGAACAUGGAGUGCUUGGGGGACGUCGUCGGCCGCUUACAGGAAUCCGCACUUGAAGCAUCUUCGAAAGGAAAUAAAUACAUCAAUUCGUGCUUGAGGUUGAAUGAAGAAAUGAGAGGCUUGGAAAGUUUAGCUAUGCAACUGAAGAUUCUACGGAAGAAUGUUGAUUCAUUAGAUUUGGUUGUCAGUCAAUUGCUUCGCCUUCCCUAGUUUAUGGAUACUAUCAGUACCUCAUACAAGGUUCUAAGGAAAUUCAUAUACCAAAUAUAUGUCAUGCAUUUUAGUUCCAAGGCAACCAACUGCUGGAAAUAGAAGUGGCUUAUAGCAACAAAGGAGGACCAGAGGACUUCCCCUUUUCAUGGCAUGAUAAAACACUACUAAUUCUUGAUUUGAUUUAUGUUUCCAUCUUAUCUGUACUUGUAAACUAUAAUAUGCAUUUAUUGAAAACAUCUUUAUCUUCUUGUGAUGCGUGCAUGAAGUUUGUAUGUAAAAUGGGUCAUUCAGCCCAUGGACUGUCUGUGUAAAUUGGAGGGAAAUGGCAAUAGAGGUUUUCCUGUUA